AUGCAUAACCGGCUAGACGAUGCGAGUGAAUACUCACGUCGCUUCCCACCCCAAAACGCCGAGACCGAUAUCGCUCUCGGGGAGGCAUCAUGGUACGAUGACGCUCGACAGUCGAAGCUACCACCCGCGCCCAAGGGCAAGGCUUCCGAUUCACAGUAUGAUGUUUUAGAGCAGUGUCGCGAGGUGAGAGACGAUGAGGAACCGGAGGCUCCGCUGGUGAGAUAUAGACCGGGGAUCGAUACUUUCAUAGCCGACUUUUUCGCCUUGACUGUGCCCAUCGCAUUCUUGAUUUUCGUGAUCAUUCUAGUAUCCAAGAGUGGCCAUAAAGCCGAUGUCGCGAGUAUCCAGCAGUGGAAGGAUGCAGCUUACGUUCUAUCGACAUUAUUUCCACUCUUGUUUGCCGCCAUUGUCGGUCGCCUCAUGACCCAAGCCGCCCGAUGCAAGCUCGAAAAUGGCAGUACGAUCGAAACCCUGGAACAGCUGAUGGGAAGCAGAACCGUCGGGGGCGUCUUCGUCACACAGUUCCAGCUGAGGGCUCUCAACAUCCUUGGUUUGUCGCUCCUGCUGCUGUGGUGCAUUUCACCCUUGGGCGCGCAGUCAAUACUUCGCCUGGUGGAAGUAGGAAAUGCCGCGGAAACAGCGUCACGACCCAUGAUGUACUUCGACACGCUGGGCUCAAGUCCAUCAGACAACGAACUCCCUCCGUUCCGAGAGCACGAGGCAUCGGUACAGAACGCGACGUUUGACAGGAUCAAUGCUCUAUACAACAGUGUGAUUCUCGCCCCUCUCACGAUCAAGAACAACACCAUGGACAUGUGGGGGAAUGUCAAGAUCCCAUUUCUAAGCUCAUUGGAGAAGUCUAGCGACGACGAAUGGCAGAGCAAUGAGCCUGGGACUGAAAUACUGUACUCUUCUUUGGUUGGUCUGCCAGUGCUCAACAUUUCCUCCGGAAAUACAACCUUUGAAACAGAGUCGACGUAUAUCGAACUCGACUGUGCCGCCAUGGAGAAUCUGAGGACAUCGGGUUCUAUCGAACGAAAACCAUACAACUCUACAUGGCUUGGAAGGCUCGCAAGCUCGUCGGCAGACCCCUCUCCCAACGGGACAUUCCAAGGCUUCCGUCUUGGGGGGAAUGGUUCCAUCUACAACGAGGCCGCCUGGACCUUUGCCAUUGAUCGGUUCAUCAACCACGAUUGGCUAUAUACAACAGAAACCAGAGGAAUGUCCACCAAUUAUCAGACAAACGCGAGUCUACAGAGAUUGAGAAUGUUUGAGAAUGAGACGGGCGUCGAAGCCGGGCCUACGACCCUCAUGCUCGAGGCCUACAUCUCAUCUGCUCUCACACAGCCAUUGACGUACUUGGGAACAUCCUGCGACGUGAAGCAGAAGUAUGUCACCUCACAAAUCACCUGUUCAAAGCUGGAGCAGGUCGACCAGCAAAAUUGCAGCGUCACUGCCCAGCGUCCUUCCCGCACCUACAAGAUGCCAGAAUCCUUGAACAUACUCAACUUUCCCGAGGCUAUGUACAUAGUGUCCAAAUUCUGGCCGGUAUCUUCGGGGCAGAAUGUAGCUAGGAUUGGUGUCUACGAUAUCACACUACAAUACCUGGCGGACCCGACGCUGAAUACCACCGCGUACAACAUGUCCAGCGUUGACGCAAAGACGUUGAGCUAUCGCCUAAGCCAGGUGUUGAACACUUUCAUUCAAAUCGCCUCCAUGGACGUCAACGCACUCCGGCUCGGCGACUCGGGAUCCACGUACCUGGAGAAGAAUCAGACGGCCAGCGCGGAGGUAGACAGCCCAGUGAACGUCUUCUUCAUCCCCAAACUGUGGGCGGCUUUCUGCAUCGCGUCGGGUCUCAUCCUACUCAUCACUGGCGUCGCGAGCGUCUUCUUCGUGCAUUGGGCGGUCGGGCCAGAGGUGCUGGGGUACGCCACGACCGCGCUGCGCAACAAUCCGCUGGUGAGCGUGCCGGAGAGCGCGAUGAAGAUGGAUGGGAUAGAGCUCGCCGUGCAGCUGCGGCAGAGACGCGUGCGCUUCGGGUUUGCGGGCACCGGGAGCACGGGCGGGAGUGUGGUUGGCGUGAGCGACGAGAACCUCACGGACAGAUUUAGAGACAUGAUGAAGCGAUGA